GUUUGGUGUUGCCGUGGGAAGGCGUGUGCCGCGGAGACUAGUUGGAAAUGACGGGAGCUGAAACCGGAUUCCUAAUCACAUACCGAAAAAUUACAGCGGGGUAUAAGGCACAGAGCUCGGACACUGCGAUUUAGGGUUGGGCUCGAUGGAGGCGAUCAGGAGCGCAGUGACACCGCGAGCACCGCCGUCGAUGAAGCGUGUGUCCGAGGUGGAUUUCCGCUCAGGCACAGCAUUGGAGCAGCUGGCCUCACACGUGCAGGAACUCGUGCAACUAGAGCAAGGCGAGUUCGGCGACCAGACAGCACUCGAGGUGCACACCGCCAAAGACUUCAUCUUCAACAUGCUUGGCCUGGUUCAGAAGGUCGACAAGAGGCUCCCAGUUGCAAACGAGUACUUGCUGUUGUCAGGUGGUGCAAGGGAGGGUGUUCUUGAUCUGAACCCAGAGGAGCUGGGUGAUUAUGUCAGAGGUGUGGACUUUGACCUGGACUUUACCCUUUUGGUCCCUGCCCUUAAACUGCAUGACCGGAACCAGCCAGUAACUUUGGACAUGCGCCAGUCUCCACUCUGCCACUCUUGGCUUAGCUUACGACUUUGCGACCCAGCCAUGCUAUCUCGAUGGGGUAUCUGUUGUGAAGACGAACCUAAUGUGCAGCGCCAGGAAGAUGGUGAAGAGGAAGAAGGUGGGUCCAUAUUGGGCACCAUUCCCUCCCUCCAGUCCUCACAGUCCUUGGAUGGAUGUUAUUUCUCCCCACUGCUAGUCACAGAGUGGUUCUGGAAUGUAGUGGGCUCAGCAGUGGAGGAGCUAAAGCGGCACCCACAAAGAGGAAUUCCGGUUCCUGAUCGUGUGGAGCGCAAUGGACCGUUGACCACGCUGAUCCUCAAAGCGGGCACCAGCCGUGUCCUCUAUGAUCUUUUGCCUGUUGUGUCGUUUCGAGGCUGGCCAGCCGUGGCACAAAGCUGGCUCACUACCAACCACUUUUGGGAUGGAAAGAUCACAGAGGAGGAGGCCAUCAGUGGGUUUUAUCUCCUGCCUUGCUGCUCCCCAAUUGCUGGCUCAGCUUCCAGACCAGACCGCGAAUGGAGACUCGCUUUUUCUCGGAGCGAGGUCCAGUUGAAGAAGUGCGUGCCUUUUCCUAUGGCUGCAGCCUUCCAGGCAGCCAAAGCUGUUGUGUCCAGACUAUUGGCACGCCCCCGCACUGGUCUUAGCCUUUACCACCUGCGCACACUACUUUUCUGGGCUUGUGACCGCUUACCUGCAGCUUACUUGAGCUGUACAGAGCAAGAGACGCCAGCCCGGCUGUUCCUGGGUCUCCUAGACGACCUGGCGCACUGUGUGCUGGGUAAAAACUGUCCUAACUAUUUCCUCCCACAGUGCAACAUGUUGGAACAUCUUACUGACGAGGCAGCCCUACUAGUGGCCCGGAAACUAGCACAUUUAAGAUCGGAUCCAGCUGAACAUUUGCGUGCGGCACUGGAGCAAGCCCGGCAGGCUUGCCAGCUGAAACGAGAAGCUGCUGGAACGAGUAAUGGACACGGGCCAUCAUCGCCAACCUCUGGCACCUCCAAAGCCACCUCCCCCCAAGAUGAUCGUUUAGCCCAAAGACUGCAGCAGCUGGUUACAGAAAACCCAGGAAAGUCUAUUUCGGUUUUCCUCAACCCAGAUGACGUGACCAGGCCGCAUUUCCGCAUUGACGAUAAAUUCUACUGAAACUAGAGGAGCCCCCCCAACACAAGCACUACGCGCCGCCUAAGGAUAAAGUAACAUCCAUUCUUCUUCCUUAGCCACUGAGGUAAAGCUGAUCUUUAAAGUCAAGAGCACACACACACAUACACACACACGCACACUCCUUCACUGUGCAUUAUGUUGUACUGUAUUAAACCCUUCACAUGCAGGCUGGGCACAAUCACUGAUGUAUUUUGGCCAACACUACAAGCUGCAAGCCAGCUCUGCGAAAUAUGAUUAAGCUGCUACUAGAGAGACCAUCUGUCCCAAAUCAAGUCUGCUGUCAGCUACAUGACUGCGCUACCAAAAGAAACAAAAAAAAAAUCACCAAAUGGAGGAAGUCACAAGAGCGGCUGUUUUCAGAUCUUGUAUAGCAUUUGAUGAGAGGCCUUGAAGCUGUAUUGCUCAGUGAAAUCUUAAUCCUGCAGCCUGUACUGGAUUAUAGUAUCUUGCACAGCUUGAAACAAUAGUUAAGGGAUUAAAAAACCUGCUACAUACUGCUGAGGGUUUUUUUAUUUUUACUUUUUGUUAUACACUAGUAUGCAGGAAGGUGGGUAAAGGAUCUAAACCAAGGUACAUUUCAAAUCAAUGGAUGUUUUUUUUUUUUUUUUUUUUUUUUUUUUAAUGGCAAAGGAAUUGGUUCGACUGACACUGAAUUUUAUUUUCUUCUUUCCUCUACUUUAUCUCCUACUCAUCUCGUUCUCUUUCUCAGGUAGAUUUUGUUGUAAAGAUGAAGGCAUUUCCAAUGUGCAUGGCAUUGCCUCUGUGCCUCCUACUAUUUUAAUAGUCUCAAAUAACAGACAACAAUUAAAAGGCAGCCUUAGGCUUGGAAGCCAUGAUGGCUAGGUGAUGAGAGAGUGGUUGAGAUAAAGGUCUAGCAAGUCUUUAGUGCAUUACUUUAAGUCAGCCUUGUCUUACACAAGACUAGCCUGAGCCCCAUAGCAGCACUAAAGCUAUAUUUAGGAAAAGCCACGGGCCUAAAGCUUUUCAGAAUGUGAGUUUUCUUACAAAAGCAUCAGGACUUGGUGCAUUAUGGAUACAUUUCUUUUCUCUGUUUGUUUACUUGCAUUCAGUACAUUUAUUCAAACGGAACCACAGAGGAAAGUUCUGCCAGUGGCACAAAUAAAUAAGCUCGAUCUGACUACUCUGAUGAAAUGUCAAUACUUCUGCCUGUCAAAAGAUGAUUUCAUUUAAAUUGUUGAUGUGUCCUAUGAUUGUAUCAUGUUUGUUUGUUGGUUAGGCUUUUGACAUUGAUUUGCUGAUUUGCUCUCAGCUUGGUGCUUGACAACACUGUAAUCUUUACAAUAUGGAAAUAUGAUAUACUUAAUUUUAUGCAUUUCUUUUUUUUUUUUUUGCUACCAAUGCACGUAUGAGAAAGCUCAUAAAUACUGAAACCCUUGUUAAAUAUGUUUUGAAUUACAAAACACCAUUAGCUAAGCUAAUUAUGAUAACAGUGACUGAGACAGAGUGCUAUUAAUACGUGUGAUACAAAAGAUGUGUUUUUGUGCAUGUGUGCGUGCGCGGUGUCUGGUCCAAUCUUGCUUCAGAGAUGUGCCGUUUUUGCUUUGGGUUGGAUGAACAAACGACUGAAGGGAUGGAUGUAGUAAGAGAGCCAGCAGCAGUCUCUAUUGGCAGAUUAGCCAGAAGUGAUGGAGCACCUGGGGGUUCAGACAGCUGCAUCUCUUUCUCUCUCCCACUCUCGUCAUGUCUGACUCGUUCUCUUUUCUCCAUCGUUCUCCAUCAUAGCGCUUUCCUUUUCUUUAAUUUUGAAUUCGACACAUCCCGAAAUAUACCCCAAAAGUAGAUGUCAUGCUCUUGAAGAACGUGUGCUGUAAAACAGGCUUGUUGUGAUUCCGUCUUCUUUUUGAAUAGCUGUAAAUUGCUUGUAAGUGCGAUAUAUUUGGUAGGUUGAUGUCAUUCACUUGAAAGAUCGGAUACUACUGAAUAGACUGAAAGCACACAACUAUCAUACACUUGUUAAAAAAAAAAAAACGAAGCCAAAGGAUGAGUUUAGAUCAUGCUUGGAUACUGCAGAAUGUAACAGAUGUAACGAGUUGUUUAAACAGGCUUGAACCAUGUACACUAUUUAUAUAAUUGUUUAUAUCGUUUCAGAGCAUUAAAGUAUGUUUUCUUGAAGUCUGAUCACUGUACCGUACAAUGCCUAAUCUUGUAUGAACAAUCGUCCUAUGCAAUUUUGCUGUGUGUGUGUGUGUGUGUGUGUGUCGAGAGCAUAUCUGUUUUAGUGAAAUAUGAGCCCUUGCCCUGGCUGCGGUAAUUACCAAGAACAUUAUGUAACUGAGGAAAACGAUUGCAGUGGCACAAAUCGAACUGUUUCUGCCUCAGGGGAUGACGGGAUGUUCUAAUGCCACAAUUUGGAUGUGAUAACGUUAUCAAAACCAAAGCAUAGAACCAUGGCUACUUUCCCUACAAUUUGCAGUCAUUUCAAGUUGACAAAGCAAAGGCUGUAAUUUGAUCAAGCAGGCAGUUAUUAAAGUGAUUGUACAAAAGUGUGGUCGUGACGUGAACAACGAUAACGAAUGUAUACACGUUUUAUGUUGAAAAUUACUUUUUCAUCUCAAUGAACCUGGAAUGAAAAACAAGACUCAAAUGAAAUUGUGCAGUGAUACGUAAAGGAGUUUAUAUUGCAUAUAUUUCUUGUACCAAAUUAGUUCCUGACUUUUUUUUUUUUUUUUUCUAUUCUUAUAAUUUUGUGUGUAUUUGCUGUAAUGCACUAAAGGCAUUUUGGUUGUUUUAUUAUUUAUCUUUCUAAUCAUGUGCGAUGCUGUUAAUCGUAGCAUGAAAUAA